GGCCGAAACUUUUUGGUACAAAGCCCUCCAUGUUUUCGAGUGAAAUCACACGAAAGCUUCACACCCACCGCACAGGGCUGCUAUAUAUGAGGAAGGAGGACAUGUAGAAGAGCCCUCAAUGGGGUUUGUGAGGGAAGCCGUGCGGCAGAAGUUUGAGGCAGCGCAGACUGAAGCAGAUGAGGCUGCCUUUAGAAUAAAGGCUACUCCAGACAACAGUGGUCAACUUUAACCCCGCCGUCAGUGCCACCAAUGCUGGUGCUUUGGCUGGUUUCUCGAGGCGUCGAGCUGAGCCUGCUUUACUAAUGGGAACGUAUGUCUUCUCUCCUCCGGGACGGAGCCCGAUUUUAACCUCGUUAACCCUCUUUGGAGAGUCUGCGUUUGGGACGGAGCCGAAAAGCCUGCUCGCAUGAGCUCCGGCCGGGAGAGGCACGAUGAUAAAGCCCAGAGUCGGUCGGAUGUUUCUGGCCACAUGCGUUUUUUCCUUCUUCAUCCUGAUCCUGUAUUUCCAGAACAACGCGAGAUCCGCUACAGAGCAGAUUUUGGGAAGGACCAGCUUGCCAGAAAAGUCUAGAAGAAGCCCCCUGCAGACGCUCUAUGACAGUGAUCAGUUGGAUCAGUCUGCGGUGGCAUCGGUGUUGCAGGGUCGGCGGGAGCUUCUGGAGCAGGCGUGUCACUCACACACCCGGAAACGGCGCCUGCUGACCCCUGAGGAUCUGCGGCACCUCAUAGUGGACGACAAGCACAACCUGCUCUACUGCUACGUGCCCAAAGUAGCCUGCACCAACUGGAAGCGGGUGCUGAUGGUGCUGACAGGCGACGGACGGUACCGCGAGCCGCUGGCCAUCCCAGCUAACGAGGCGCACGUGCCAGGCCGCCUGCGCUCACUCUCUGAGUACACCAAGACUGAGAUCAACCUACGUCUGCGCACCUACCUCAAAUUCGUGUUCGUCCGGGAACCCUUUGAGAGGUUGGUGUCCGCAUACCGGAACAAAUUCACCCGCAACUACAAUGUAGCCUUUCAUAAGCGCUACGGGACAAAGAUAAUCCGGAGGCACCGGGUCAACCCCCAGCCAGACGCGCUGGAGAAAGGCAAUGAUGUUACAUUUGAGGAGUUUGUGUACUACCUGGUGGACCCACGGACUCAGAAGGAGGAGCCAUUUAAUGAACACUGGGAGAGGGUUCACUCACUCUGCCAUCCCUGCCUAAUCCACUAUGAUGUGGUGGGAAAGUAUGAAACUUUAGAGCAGGACUCUCAGUACCUGCUUAAACUGGCCGGUGCUGACCAGGAGGUGCAGUUCCCAACUUUCUCCAAAAGCACAAGGACCACUGGAGACAUGGCGGCCAAAUUUUUCGACAACAUCAGCCCCUUCUAUCAGAAGAAACUCUUCAACCUUUUCAGAAUGGAUUUCCUGCUUUUUAACUACUCCACACCAACCUACUUGAAGUUGAGAUGAGAUGCUAUAUGCUGAAAUGCACAGAAAACGUUUUGCCUUUAAUCGACUUGAUCCAGAUGUGUACAUCAUUUGUACAUGAAUGAAAUAUAAAACAACACAAAAAGCAUAUGUGUGUUGAUAUAUUCCACUCGUGUAAAAAUGAUGUAUAUGAACCUAGCAGUCCCAAUGCGUCUCUUAUUUCACUGCGAGUGGAUUGUUUCCAGACUGUUUGCUCAUAUGCACGUCACAUUGAGCAUGUGCUGGUGUUUAAAUUCCACUCGUGUGCACUCCUGAGUGGAUCGUGCUGCUGGACGGGGGCUCGGGGGAUGCAGGCCCUGAAUAAUCCAUGGAUUCCCUGAGGGUGAAAAUGCACGGCCGAGAAUCGAUUACUAAUGGCAAUGUGCUGCAUCCACCCAGGCCUUUCCUACAGUGCCUCUGGCUGUGUUAGGUACUAACUGAACGCUCAACUACGUGCCUUUGACUCUGAAUGUUGACUAAUUGAAGCAGGAUUCUUCAUUAGCUCACAAAUGCAGAGCUCCCCCCCUCACUUUUUAAUGUCCAGUCCCAUGUUUUAUAUUUAAGGUUAUGCUGAAAUAUUUAUUGUAAACAUUGUAAAUGGCUCCUGAACUGAAGUCAGCAGAGAUUUUACCCAAGGCUGUGAAUCCAUAUUCUUUAAAAAAAACUUGACUAACAACAGUUCACUUUCUAAAUCUUUUUGCGUCUCCUUCUAGAAGCUGAGAACACGGAAAAAAGUGAUGAAAUGAAUUUUUUUGGUUCAAAUGAGUAUAUCAUUCAAUCAAAAACAAUUGAAAACAAAUAUUGCUAAAAGGUAACUUGAACUUAAAGGGGUAUUCUAGCCAAAGAAUACAAUUCAGUGUUAUUUGCUGUUAUGUAAUAUUCUGUCAUGCAAUGUUACAUUCCUGAACAUCA